GGUGGUGUCUCGGGAUACCUUGUUUAUAGUGCCUUCUCUAUGCCAGUCAGUCUUCGAAUCGGAAUUACAGAAAGUAGAGAGAGUGAAUAGUCUACCGUUUCUCAUUGGAUUGGGGCCACCUAAAACGUUGUUAUGCUGGAAAUGCUAGAAUAUAAUCACUAUCAGGUGCAGACCCACCUCGAAAACCCCACCAAGUACCACAUACAGCAAGCCCAAAGGCAGCAGGUAAAGCAGUACCUUUCUACCACUUUAGCAAAUAAACAUGCCAACCAAGUCCUGAGCUUGCCAUGUCCAAACCAGCCUGGCGAUCAUGUCAUGCCACCAGUGCCGGGGAGCAGCGCACCCAACAGCCCCAUGGCUAUGCUCACACUUAACUCCAACUGUGAAAAAGAGGGAUUUUAUAAGUUUGAAGAGCAAAACAGGGCGGAAAGUGAAUGCCCAACCAUGAACACGCAUUCACGAGCAUCGUGCAUGCAGAUGGAUGAUGUAAUUGAUGACAUCAUUAGCCUAGAAUCAAGUUAUAAUGAAGAAAUCCUGGGAUUGAUGGAUCCUGCUUUGCAAAUGGCAAAUACGUUACCUGUCUCUGGAAAUCUGAUUGAUCUUUAUGGCAACCAAGGCCUGCCUCCCCCAGGCCUCACCAUCAGCAACUCCUGUCCAGCCAACCUUCCCAACAUAAAAAGGGAGCUCACAGCGUGUAUUUUUCCCACAGAAUCUGAAGCGAGAGCAUUGGCUAAAGAGAGGCAAAAAAAGGACAAUCACAACUUGAUUGAACGAAGACGACGAUUUAACAUAAAUGACCGCAUUAAAGAACUAGGUACUUUGAUUCCCAAGUCAAAUGAUCCAGACAUGCGUUGGAACAAGGGAACCAUCUUAAAAGCAUCUGUGGACUAUAUCCGAAAGUUGCAACGAGAACAGCAACGUGCAAAAGAACUUGAAAAUCGACAGAAGAAAUUGGAGCACGCCAACCGGCAUUUGUUGCUCAGAAUACAGGAACUUGAAAUGCAGGCUCGAGCUCAUGGACUUUCACUUAUUCCAUCCACGGGCCUCUGCUCUCCAGACUUGGUGAAUCGGAUCAUCAAGCAGGAACCCACUCUUGAGAACUGCAACCAAGACCUCCUUCAGCAUCAUGCAGACCUACCUUGUACGACGACGCUUGAUCUCACAGAUGGCAGCAUCACCUUCAACAACAACCUUGGAGCCGGGACCGAGAGUAGCCAAGCCUAUAGCGUCCCCACGAAAAUGGGAUCCAAACUGGAAGACAUCCUGAUGGAUGACACUCUUUCUCCCGUUGGUGUAACUGACCCACUCCUUUCAUCAGUGUCCCCUGGAGCUUCCAAAACAAGCAGCCGAAGGAGCAGCAUGAGCAUGGAAGAAACCGAUCAUGCUUGUUAGCAGGCCCUCCCUGCUCUGCGCUUUCAAAAACUGCUUCCUUUCUUGAUUCGUAGGUUUCAUAAUUUACCUGAAGGGGUUUUCUUGAUAAUUUUCCUUUAAUAUGAAAUUUUUUUUCAUGCUUUACCAAUAGCCCAGGAUAUAUUUUAUUUUUAGAAUUUUGUGAAACAGACUUGUAUAUUCUAUUUUACAACUACAAAU